CCGGAAGAAGAGGCUCCAAAUCAAGUAGAACAGUCAGUUCCCGAGGAGGGGCCAGCAGAUGUUGAAUCAAGUGGGUACCGAAAGAAGCGUAGCAAUGACAAUGAAUAUGGUGAUGAGCCGAAUCCUUCAUCUGCCAGGCAGGAAGAUGGAUCUGACAGUGAUUCGGCAGGAUCUGCAGAAGUUGAGGAAGAAGCGCCAAAGAAACUUGAACAUGAAAAAUCCGAAGAAGGUCGAGCAGGCCACGCUAAAGGGAGUGAUUAUUAAUCCGAGGAUAUAA